UCCUUCCCCUCCUCAUCUCCAACCCAUCUCCGAAAGCUCUAGGUGCUAAGUUUUUGUCAUCCUUAGGAGUGAGUUUUGUGUGAAAAGUUCACCAUAAUGCCUUCCGCUUCGGCAAUCGACGUGGAGAAAGCCAAACCGGAGAUCACGGAUUCGUGCUCCAAGCUGUGCAUUAAAUUUCUGGAGCAUAAAAUCCGGAACUUGGAGAAACGCAAGGGCAAACUGGAAAGUUACCGCCAGUUGAAGACCAAUGGAAAGAAGCUUGAUGCUGACCAAAUUCAAGCAAUAUCCAAGUAUGAAGAGGUCUCAGCAACUCUGGAUUUUGCAAGGGAUGUUGUCAAGACCAUGGUAUCUUACGCCCUCCAAGCAGCCCAGGAUCAAAAGUUUGAAUCGCAAAAACAGAAGGAGAAAGAAUUGGCCAACAUUAAACUCAUUCUGGAACUUCAGGAUAUUUUAGCCCAGCUGCAGAUAGGAGAUGUCCGACAGAAUUUCAUCAAUGGUGUUAAUGGUGCCGUUCAGAUCUCUGAAGAACGGAUAAACCAACUGGAAGCAUUUUACAAAGAGGUCUAUCCAGAAUCGUCGGAAAGUGAAAAAUCCAGUAUAUCAUCAAACGAAAAGCGAGUCUCCGCAGCACAGCAUAUUCAGAAUUUCCUAGAGGCCAAUGCAGCAGCAGUUGUUGGCACAACCUACGAAGAGUUGAAGAAGACUGUAGAUGAGAUUAAAAGCUGUGACUAUUUUGCCGAAAUACCUGUGAUCAUUCCCAAAGUUCCUGUUUUUGAAAUCCCUCCGACUGCUGUGGAACCUGAGGCACCAGCCCCAGCCCCAGUUGAACCAGCAGAAAUUAAGCUUGCCGAGCCUGCCAGAGAAAUUGAAACAGCUCCGUUCAUCCAGCAAAAUAACAUUCCGGUGCCUCCUACUGCAAAUCUACAAGAAAACAACUCAUUCUACAGUGACCCUGUGCCUGCGGCUGUAUCCUCGCAUUCGCACUUCCUAGCGAAGAAGGAAGCCCCUGUCCAGCCACUCAGUGGAAUUGCCAACAACAGUACUUUUAACUUCUUCCAGGAAUCGGAGCUUGAUUCACCCCCUGAAGCCGGAUUGAACCUGAACGUUGGUGUGACUCCAACGCCCCCGCCAGCAUCAGCACUACCAAUCCCCUCUCAGACGUUCACCAACCCACUAUACAUCCCACCACCACCAAUUCCAAUGCCUCCUUCUCAUCUGCAGCAACCACAAAGUCCAUCCAGUGUUCCGCUUCAAGCAGUUCCUGCAGUCCCGCAAGCACCUGUGACCGUGCCUCUAGAUCCUGAACCGCAAGUGACCUCGUGGACGAACGAGUCGUGGGGUGCACAAUCGGAGCCAAUAGAAACGCAGAGUUGGGCAAACGAAGACUGGGUCGGAGAUCCACCCAGUGAUCAGUACCAGGGAAUGUCUGACUGGGACCCUCCGCGCCAGGAAAGUGGUUUUGUAACUCAAGGGCGAUCCGGGUACCGUGGAAGUGGUGAUGGUCGUAGCAGAGGUAGAGGCAGGGGAGGACGCGGCCGCGGAGGUCGUGGACGCGAUGGCAAUAUAAAUGAUUAUUCAAGUCGAAAGUCCGAUGGUUACCAGAACACCAAUGGCUACCUUGGUAAAGACCGAAGUGAACAUAGAGAUCGUUCGGACCGUCCCGACAGAGGCGACCGAAAUGAUCGUGGGAACGGCUUUUCACGGCGAGGUGGUGGCCCCCCUUUUAAUCGUUCAUCCUCAGGCUACAGACGUGGUAGUGACCGAGGCGAGCGUGUAGACAGAGGUGAUCGAGGCGAGCGUGUAGACAGAGGUGACCGAGGCGAGCGCUUAGACAGAGGUGACCGUCCUAGCAGAGGUGAUCGAAUGGACCGAAAUGAUCGAUUUGAUAAAAAUGGCACUGAUUCAUCCAGAAAAGGUAGCAGCAACUAUAGCAACGAUCGAGGCUCAUAUUCGAACCGUGCCAGCCGGGGCUCCUCCAGUGGGCGGGGUCGGAACCCACCCAACAACUUUGCUGCCUAAAUCCACCACCCAUCCGUAACUCUAUCAAGGCUUGUACAGUAGCAUAGGUGUAUAUAUUAUUGUUAUUCUUGUUAGAUGAAAUUACGUGACUCAUACUUCAGGCUUAGACCUUGAGCUUUGGAGACCAUCAUUGAGAAACCCGUUUUCUGCCGAAACUUACGUUUAAGUUUUUUUAUCUAUUAUUUCUGGAGUUUUCCAAAUUUUUGAUCUUACGUUUCUAUGAAAGUAUUUAAUUUUCUAAUUUGUGCAGUCCAGGUUUGUGGAGGAAAGAAAGAUGUACACUCUGUUAUCGAGCACUCGACUGGUACUCUUACUGUGCUUGGCUCUUUACAUCUAAUUGUGCUGCCUAGUUUUUUUUUUGGGUGUCAAUGAAUUGUCACUUUGUGACCUCAACCUCAGCAUUACCAUGACAGCGAAGUACAAAGGCAGAGAGAUAAAUGAUUCAAAAAUUGAUGAGAGAAUAAUGAUGAAAUAAUGAAAGGCCCAUCACCUUAACAAAUUGUAGCCAAUUGCGAAGGUCAGAUGUGUGUAGACAUUUAAUAUUUAAUGAAUUUGAUUCGUGAAUCCCAUUGACGUCUACUUUUAAUGAGCCAAAAAGUUGUCCGUUAAGAUGAAGAUACUGCAAGCUUUGAAAGUUUUGCUGAGAAGUGGGACUAGGCAGCCACUGCCUUUGAGUUGUGAGGUUGUCCCAGUAUUCAUCACUGUGGGUUAGCGCCUUCUCUUUAUGUGCAUUUUCCUUUCGUUGAGACUAGUUUUUUUGACCACUCAGUUUAAUUUUGUACAAUUUUUACCAGAAUCAAGAAAUGCCGUACUCAAAAAAAUUGUGAUAAAAAUAAUGGUCUUAAAAUAUUGUUUUAUAAAGGGGGAAAAAAAGAAUGAAGGAGGGCCUGGACUAACAGACGCCAUCAAAGGGACGUGAUUUUUUUCAUUGUUGUAAUGAACAUACUUUUGAAAGGAAAGAUCAGAGUUAAUAAAACUCUUGUGAACAAUAACAAGCUAACUGUGCUAUUUGGAAGAGUUAGUCCUCGCUUGGUUCCAGAUGCAAGUUUCUUGCUGCAUGGUCUUAUAUUUUCUAUGUAGUUCCGAGAAGUUUUUUCAAAAAUCUUUUUUGAAUCUAUACAAUUUAAUCAAGCCCCAAGAAAUAGCAGUAUUGUGCAGACCAUUCAACUCAAAUUAGUUCUUUAAUUUGCAAGGGUUCUUUUUAAAAUUAUGUUUUUUGUGAAGUAAAGAUGUACAUUCUUCCGCUCGCAACUGAUCUGUGUCCGCUGUGUAUUCUGAUAGAAUUUCGAUGCUCAGUAAUUUCUGCCUUGUAAGAACAUUCAUCAUUUUUUGUGACUUUCCUCUAGCAAUUCCACCAAUUUUUUUGACAUCUGCAGAAAUUAGCUCUAGUGAUGAACCCAUUACAUAUAAACAACUCAGUAGAACUAUGAUUGAGAUAGGGGAGUUUUAUCUUUCGUUUUUCUCUCUGUGACUGCUUAUCCUGGUGAUUUCAUUCGCACAAAAAAAAUUUAAAGGAUGAAUAAUUUAAAAGUCAUGUAACGACCGCAACUUUCUAACUCUUUCCUCAAUUUUCUAUUGAAAUGAGAUGCAGCUAUUUUUAUUUUUUUGGGAAUUACUAGUAAAGCAAAUUUCAAUUCAAGAGAUGGUGCUAUCAAAGGAAUGGCGAUUUUCAAGUGUGUAUGAGAUUACAAUAGAGAAAAGACACCCUCGCAAAACUUGACUAAAAGUUAUAGAUUUAUUGUGACUGAACAUUGAAUUUUUACGAAUCCAAUAUGGCAUUCUGACAAUAUCCCUCAUAAACUGGUCAUCAAAGUUUGUGUCGUAAAACUGAUUCUAAACCCUAGGUUAGCUGAUGCCUUGGCACUCAAAGUUAUUUAAGAACAAAAUUAAGAAUUCAUAGCCUGUAUCAUUAUUGCUCGGUGUCUUUUAAGUUCAUUGUAGAGAAAUAAGCCAAUUUCAGCGCGACUCUGAAUUGGCUUUGAAGAUUGAAUCUUACAGAUCAGCAAAAAUGGAUAAAAUCUGUCAAGAUACUGAGCUCUUAUGUAUUUUUGAACGAAGACGUUGACUUUUAAGCUAACAUCAUUCCUUGCGAUGCAUAUCAAAGUUCUUUUACAUUUCUUACACGCAAAUUCCAUUUAACUCAGACAGAUGAAACUGAUAAGGAAAAAAACACCAUUAUGUUCCACCGAACGGCUUUUCUCAUCGGCAAUAUAGUUGUUAAUUUUUAAUCUAAAACCUUCAUGUUUUGAUAGAUUUUACCUCUCAUUUUUUGCUAAUUUGUAAGCCUCCAUCAUUAUAAUACGAUUCUGUGAAUAGCGCAACUGACCCAUUCGACAAUAGAAAUUAUGUUCAAAAUAAUUUUAAUUUAUGACCAGUUUUAAGAAUAAACUCAGCCUCACUUCUCUCACGAGGUUGUGCCCAUGGAUGAGUAAUCCCAACCAGGAUUGUGCGAGUUGCCUAAAAUUAUACUGAAAUUAUUUACAGGGAGUUUAUGUCCAAUAACCUGGAAAGUUUAAUAUGACAGAAUAAUUUUCAUCUCUAAUUCUCGACUCUCAAGACUCACGCAUUUUCUGUGUACAAACUCAAGUAACUAUUUUGACAUACUAGUAUUAAAAUCCUGUACUUUCUCCAGUACAGGUGUUGGUACCCUCUGAUAGUGGACAAUCUGCAAGAUAGACUUGUAAAAUUUUUGCUCAUUUUUAUCACCCUGAAAAGCUACCGAACCUGUGGUUUUUUUAAAACUUUAAUGCAGUUCAUAAGUUCUGUCGACAAGUUUAAAAAGAACUUCAGGAACCAUUCUGUCUCAAAAAGAAGUAUAAGGGAGAGGGGUAUGAAGUCCCAUCUUCUUUGUGUCUUCCUGCACAAGCUUCUCUCCAUUAUUUUUGUAAGCUUACCUUUAAUUUCUUUUCAGAUCAGAUCAAAAUUCCUUUUCUUUUGGUUUAAACACUAUGUCAUAACAUAAUUAAGUCAUUAAACUUUCAAUUUUUUACUUCCCCCCCUCCCUUUUCGUUUGUGAAAGCAUUUAGCACUCAAGUCAUAUCAAACUCUCAACUUGCGCAUUCCCCACCUAUUAGUUCCUCAGAAAGGAUCAUACCAUGAAUGUGUAGCUCAUUUCUUGAGCUCACAUUGAUUUAUUUAUACAUUUUGAAAUUUCAUGUUGCCUCAACCUCUUUAGAAUUAUUUUUUGCAGUGAUAAGUGAUUCAUUGCCUUUGACAUUCUUGCAUUAGCCAAUGAUUUUUUCACUGUAAUGUGCAUAUUCGAUAAGCAGGGAAACUGAAUGUUUGUUUCUAUUAAAAAUUUUUCCUACAGAA